GCGCGCCCGGAUAGCGGCAGACGGACUCGGGUUACCAUGGCAACGCGCCGGGACCGGAGGCUGCUCGUAGCGGGCGUUCUGGGUGAGGCGCGGACGCGGGGGCGGCGCGGGGGGCCGCCGAGGGGCCUCAGGGGCCCGCAACGUGGGAGGCUUCGGCCUCUCGGCUCGCUUUUCACGGGCGUCUUUGCUUUCCUUGGAAAAACCCGAGACGUUCAAGUCCUGCCAGACGCAGUGCGCUGGGUGGGAGGGCCGGGGGCGUUCUCUGCCGGCACGCUUUGUUUCGAGUGCUCUAGUGUUUAUUCGACCCCUCCAGGAACCUGAAGAGUGCGUGGCUUGUGGGAUCUUAGUUCCCCAACCAGGGAUUGAACCCAGGUCCUUGGCAGUGAAAGCACGGAGUCCUAACCACUGGACCGCCAGGGAAUUCCCGAUUCCUUAUUGAUUUAAGUUUUGCUGCCGACAUGCUGCCCCUGCCCACAGAGCAGGCCCUGAAUGCCCUGCUGGCUCGCAAGGAGGAGGAGUGGCGAGCACUGCAGGCCCAGCACUCCCAGUUGCGGGAGGCAGCCCUGCAGGACGCUCAGCGCCAGCUGGAGGAGGCACAGGGGAAGCUGCGACGCCUGCGGGAGGACUUUGUCUACAACCUGCAGGUGCUGGAGGAGCGGGACCGGGAGCUGGAGCGCUACGACGCUGCAUUUGCCCGGGCCCGUGGGCUGGAGGAGGCCAGGCAGGCCGAGGUGAGCGAGCUCAAGAUCGAGGUGGCCAAGCUGAGGCAGGCGCUGGCCGGCGAGGCCCGGCGGGUGGAGGAUCUGCAGCAGCAGUCCCAGCAGAGGUUGCAGGAACACCGCCUAGAGCUGGAGCGGGUCCACAGUGACAGGAACAGUGAGCUGGACCAGCAGCGGGAGCAGUAUGGGAACCUGAAGUGGAAGCUGGAAAGGAGGCUGGAGGAGCUGGACAGCGAACUUGCCCUGCAGCGGCAGGAGCUGCUCCAGGAGUUUGAAUCUGAAAUGCAAAAGCGGGAGCACGCGUUCCGCCUGCAGGCUGACAGCAUGAGCAAUGUGGUCCUAGCACACGAGCUCAAGAUUAAACUGCUGAACAAAGAGCUCGUGGCCCUGAGAGAGGCCGGGGUGAAGGCUGCGGAGUCCCUGCAGAGCGCCGAGGCGGUGAAUGCAGAGCUGGAGGAUAGGCUGCAGCACAGAGACUGGGAACUCAGGGACCUGGCUGCCGUGAAGGACGCCCGGAUAAAAGACUUAGAGGGUAAACUUCACUCUGUGCAGCUCACCAAGAAAAAAGAAGAGGAGACGUUUAGGAGGAAGCAUGAGGAGCUGGACCGUCUGGCCAGGGAGAGGGACACGGUGCUGAUGGCAGCGAAGAGCGCCCAUGCGGAGCAGCUGCAGGCAGUAGAGGCCAGGGCCCUGGAGCUGCAGGUGAACUGCGAGAACCUCGAGGUGCAGCUCCGCAGGGCUGAGUGGAGGCAGGCGGACACCACCAAGGAGAAGGACGCCGCCAUUGACAAACUUCGGGAAGAUGCAUCAGCUCUAAAAUCUGGCUGGGAUGCCCAGAUUGCUCAACUUUCCAAGGAGAUGAUCUCCAAAGACCUCCAGGUUCAGGCGCUGCAGGAAGAAGAGGUGAAGCUGAAGGCACAGCUGGCCAGAUGCCAGCAGGACAUUGGAAGGUACAAACAGCAGCUGUCUCUGGCAGUAGAGAGGGAGCAGAGCCUGGAGCGUGACAAGGUGCAGUUGGAGCUGGACUGGCAGCGCCGCUGCGAGGGUGUCGAGCGGGAGCAGUACCGGCGGGCUGAGGACUUGAUUCAGGGCCUAACCGCGGCCAGAGACCAGGUUGCUGCCAAGUUGCAGGAGACAGAGCGGGUGCUGUGUGGCCAGGAGGUGGUGCUGAAGGCCGUGACCCGAGAGAGAGACCAGGCUGUGCAGGCGCUGCGGACACGCGGACUCCACCCUGAGGAGGAGGCGCAGAUGCUUGUAAGGCAUCAAGAAGAAGAAAUAAGUAAAAGUUUUCCAUCUACUGUGAUCCAGCAGCUACAAGAGCAGAACACAAGCUUGCGAAACGUUAUUGCACAGAUGAGGAAAGAAAUGGAAACUCUAAGUGAUCAGAUUCUUCCUUCUGCCCAGUUAGGAGGGGAGACCUCACAAACAAACCAGCCUGACCCAAAGGCAGCCGCUGAUUCAACUGUACCUGAUUAUGUUCUGGCCCUUGAAGCAGAAAUGCGAACUCUAAAGCAUAAAUUAAAAACAUUGGAGGAACAACUAGAAGAUGUGUUAGAUGCUUCGAAGACGACCUCGUCCUGUGCUGGCGUUCAACGCAGUGUCCUGGCCUCCACAGACACCACCGGAGGAGCUGUGCCGGUCGAUGGUCCAUCCACGGGACUGGCGCUCCAGAGGCUUGGAGACAGGGCACAUCUCCUGAGCUCCCUGGUGGCACAACUCAGACAGAAGAUCUGUUCCAGACCCCUUCCCAGAGCUGGCCGCCUUCCUAACAUUGUCUCUGAAACGGCCUCCCAGGUGCUGCGGGAACCCCUGGACGUGGACACCAUCCAGCGAGAGCUUCCCCACGAGCUGGACCAGGUGCACCUGGAGGUUUUGCAGCUGCGGAAGCAGGUGGCUGAGAUUGAGAAGCAUCUCAGGUCAGCCCAGAAGGAAGGCGGGGGUGCUUCAGGCAGGCAGCAACCGCACGCCUCAGACACCGAGGCUGUCGGGGGAGAGGGCCCGGCACGUGGAGGACCCGCAGGGACCGAGGACCAGGAGGCACAGCCCCCUCAGGCCCUGUCUGUGCCCCGACUCCAGAGGAAGCUCAAGGAGGCAGCCAGGAAAAUCCUGCGGCUGCACCUGGAGAAGGAGCAGCUCCUGGAGCUGGGGAACCGGCUGCGUGCAGAGCUGGGCCACCUCACUGGGAAGCUGCCUCAUCACCCCCUUCCUACCCCUGAGGCCCAGGGUUCAGGUGAGGCACCUGAUGCACGCUUGGGACCGUUGCAACCCCGUCUCACAACUCAGGACUCUAAGAAUGCCAAGAAAGAAUGUUUCCCUGAACGCUCAGGAGAGAGCCAAGCCCGCUUGGCACAGACAGUCUGCAGAAGGGAUGCUGAGCCAGGCUGCACAGCGGGGCCAGGGCUGAGGCAACACAGAAUCUCCACAGUGACUUGCAGAUCAGCUCCUCAGAAAGAAAACCAGUCCCCAAAGCCACGCCUGGCUCAAGAAUUCCAGGAGGAAAAUGGCCACCACACCCAAAGGUCCUCAUCACUUGCCAGCAGUUCCCUCCAGGACACAUGGAAGUUACUGGACCUGGGAUCCAGCCCUUCUGGCCUCACCUCCCAGGACGACUCGCCUCCAGAGCACCCAGCACCUCCAGCAGCCUACAGCCUCCAACACCCCGAGGGGAGCUCCCUGGCGCCUUGGGCGGCCUUUGCCGUCGAAGGGAUGAAGAUGGAAGCCCAAGCAAGGGGCAAGCCUGCCAGACACCCCAGGGCUCAUCCUGCAAAACCUAAAGGCUGCCAGCGGCCCCCCAAGAUUCGUAACCACAACUCCAAGGACUGAC